UUCCGCUACGCCACUGAGUCUGCGGUUUUCAUCACUGAAUUUGGAAAAUCUCUAGAAAACAUCGUUUAUUCCAGACGAAACGUUUUUCAUUUUAUUUCGAAGUGUUAUUUGCUGCUGAAUCAUCAGAAAUGAUGCAGAAUAAUUCAACCUUCAUGUGCCGUAUUUGUAACAUCGAUUGCGAACAGGAACAGCACGUAUCAAUUUACGAGAGGGACGACGACAUAUCACUCGCUGAGAUGAUAUCCUUUUGCGGACAGCUUUUGAUCACGCCGGAGGAUGAUUUACCCAAGGUCAUUUGUUCGGGAUGUUGGUUACAGCUGCUAGAUGCGUAUCGUUUUUGCAUGCGUUGUCGAGUGGGAGAUGAGAAACUGCGAGUACGACCGGAGUCUCCCGUUUCACAACAGAAUAUUCCCGAUCAGGAUGAACCCUACGCGAACGAGGAACUGCCGGACAAAAUUGUGGACGAGCUAAUGGAACUUCCAGCAACGGAACCAAAAAAUCCGAAUGAAAUCCUUGCCGAUUUGAUGACGCGUGGUGCCGAAGAAAUUUUCGAUGAAAUCAUUGAGGAAGAACUUUACCUUGAAGAAGUUGCUUCGGAGUUAAAGGCGGAUGAAGUCGAAGGUGUUCAAAUUUCACCGAAUGUUGAAAAUGAAAGCACUUUACCACCAGUAGAUGAAAUGCAAUUACGGGAACCAGAGCUUGAGAUACAGGUUUCUUUCGAACCGGUUCUUGUAUUAGAAGAACAAAUUAUAGAAAGUGCAGAACCUGAAAUAGAGCUUGACCUAGAUACGGCGGUUUCCUCUCCAAUUAAUGAAGUAGUUCCGUCAAAUGAAAUAAUUAUUGAACAACACAUCAUCGAUGAAAUCCCUGCGGAAUUCGAUGAAACUGAACACAGUAGCUUAGAAGGUGAGGAAAUCGUUAUGGAGAUUUCGGACAAUGUCAAAGAAAAAUCCACGAAAAAAGAAAUGUUUCAUUUACCACCAAAAGACAUGAUAGUUGAUCGAGAAGAUCACGGAGAUUAUGCAGUAAUCUACUAUGACGGAGUGUCGUGCUGUGGAUGUGAAGAAUAUUUCCCUAACACACAGUCCCUCAAAGAGCACUGUCAGACAAAACAUCACCUUCGACGCCCAUCUAAGACGCAUUACUGCGAGCUAUGUCAUUCGGAUUUUCCGAGCUUAAAUUACAAAAUUCGGCACACAAGUUUGCGAGCCGAUCCAAAAUUGUACGUUUGUCACUUAUGCAAUUACAUUUGUCGUAAUCAGGGUGCGAUCGAUCGCCACAUGAAAUGUGCUGUCUUGCAUAAUCGACCGAUGUUAGACUUUGAUCUAGUAAAACAAGCAUUCGAUGCGGUUCAGGUGGAAGGACAUUUGUGUUGCGAAUGUUUUCUAAUAUUUUCCGACGAAACGUUGCUGGACAAACACUUGACCGAAUAUCAUCGCAACAAUAAACCAAACAUUCCGGAGGAUGGAGCCAAUUGGUGCCCGAAAUGUCAUCAGGUUUUCAAGCAAAAUUACAAGUACGACGUCCAUCUUCGCAAUGCAACUGCCAGUGUUAUCUACUGUUGCAAACAAGAUUUCUGCAGUUACCGAACUGCCAGUAUAGUGUUUGCUCGAUUCCACCUUCGUAGUCAAGAUCACAAUCGUGUGAUUGAACCUAAAUCAAGGGAUGAUUCGGAUAGAGUCGAUAAUAGCAGCGAGCGACGGUGUUGCUUCCGUAAGUGUCCGAAAAGUUUUAAAUCUCAAGAAGCACUAAUGGAUCACGUUAAUAAGGUUCAUCACGUGAAGCGACUUGAAAACAAGCUACGUCGGAAGGAGAGCACCAACGUCUGCACGGUAUGCAAUUGCAACUUCGGAUCGAGAAAGGCACUGAAGCUUCAUCAUCAAGCAAAACCCAAAGAUUUUGUAUGCGAUCAAUGUGGCCUAGCGGUAGGAUCGUCGUUUGAAUUGCAACUUCACGUGCAAAAGAUUCACGACACAAUUGAAGAUAUGCGUGUGUUUGAAUGUGACGAAUGUUGGCGGUCUUUCAUGAGCGACAACAAUCUACGGCGACACAAAGAAAAGGGUCAUCUGCGCAAUGGUAACUGCUAUACUUGCCCCAUCUGUGGAAAACAAUUCGCCGUGAAGGAAAAUCUGUGGACCCAUUGGCGAGGGCAUAAUCAGACGGAAAAGUUUGAAUGUCAAUUAUGCAAAUCAGCCGGUAAACGUUAUUUGUUCCGGGACAAACGAACUCUGAACAGACAUUUCCGAAUCUCGGCAAUGCACGGUAGCAAACGGAAUCACAAGUGUUCUUAUGAAAAUUGCACAAAAGCCUACAGACAUCGGCUGGAUCUGCAGCGACACGAGGCAAAGGUGCACGAGGGGAAGCGUCCGUUUGUGUGCACGGUAUGCGACAAAGGGUUCAUUCGGAACAGGGAUCUACGUUUGCACGAACGGAUGCAUACCCUAGCGAAACUGUUCACCUGUGAGAUUUGUCAGGAAGGAUUUGACGUUUAUCAGAAAUACAAGGAUCAUUGUAAGGAUGUUCAUGGUUUCGUUACCAUGAUUCAGUAUGUACCUAGUAAAGAAUAGUAGGGUCUUCCACCAAUUAGGUAAUUAAUCAUGCAAUUAUUAGUCACUUAAAAUAUAUAAAAGAGGAUGUAGGACACA